UCCAAGUUAAAUUGAAAUGAAAUUCCUAUUUUACAAACCAAUUUUUGAAUGGAUGGGGUUGUUUUAUUUCCUUUUACAACAGUUAGGAUCCAAUCAAUUUUCAACCAACAUUCAACUUUGGUCUAUAAUUACUCAAACCGAUCAAUUCUCCCCUCCUUGUAUUCCUUGAUGCUGAUUUUGAUUCUGAUUUGGUUUCAGAUUCUAUCCAUAUUUUCCUUCAAAUCCGAGAAGAAGGAAAUGCAAUUCUCAACAUUUCAACCCUCUCUGCAAUCUUUCUUCACCUCCCCUCUCCUCUUCCCAUACCCAUUCAUCCCUGAAAACUACGUUCGAUGGGAUCGUUGGGACGAAACCCCGGAAUCCCACAUCUACUCCGCCGAUAUCCCUGGUGUAAGAAAAGAAGACAUACGUGUGGAAAUCGAGGAUUCGAAGUACCUCAUCAUUCGAACGGAAUCAGCAGAUGAUAUGAUGAUAAUGGCCGGACGUCGGAGUUUCUUGAAGAAAUUCAGGCUCCCGGAAACAAUCGACGUGAAUGGGAUUUCUGCUGGCUAUGAGAAUGGUGGAAGUUCUUGCUAG